CGUGACGCGCACAUUACGGAAGCGCUGCUGCAGUUCACAGUUUAUGACAAACUGUUUGUUAUUCUGUGAUUUACAAACUGGAUCAGGAUUCGUGCGCAAUGAUACUCUUCUAUUGUUGAAGUGAACCUUAAAAUUGCAUCAGUUGGGUCGUGAGCUUUAGUUUUAUUCUGGAGGAACCGAGAGGUGUGUUGUGGGCUUUUGCUGCAGUUUAGAUGCGACCACAGUAUCGUCCUAUUGGGUAAAAUGAAGUGUCUUCUGGUGGCCAAUGAGAGCGCAGAGGUUCUGUUCUACUGGACUGACACCGAGUUCGAGCAGCGGAUUCAGGAGCAGUAUGGAGUUUCCCAGGAGGAAGGAGAAGGACUGCCUGCGUUUGAAGACAGCAUUAACACUCUCUUCGCACCCAUCAUCAUCUCCUGUAGCACCAUGGUGGACCGACUCGGGGACAAUUACACCUCCUUCAGCACAGCAAACAAUCAUAUUUAUGUUCUGCAACAGUUUGAGGAAUGUCUGUACAUUGCUGUGAAUGGAGACGGAGAUGAGACAGAAGAGGAUUUGAAGAGAAAGAUCUAUGUGAUGAAGAAACUCACAGAAAUCAUGUUUGGCAUGGUGACGUUCAGCGGUGCCCUCUUGAGGAAAGCAUUGCGCCCUCAAGAUACAGAGCAAAGCAACCGCUUGUGGAAGAAGCUACGAAGCCUCUUAGAAACAUACAGCCGUUUACGAGAGAACGACCAAAGCUUUUUAGUAGAGGCGGUGGAAAGGUUGAUUCAUCCGACCCUUUGUGAGCAGUGCAUCGAGUUUCUGGAGCGUCGUCUGGUGCAGCAGAUCAACAGCAACAUGGACAGAAUGGGCGAGGAGGUGCUACACACUUUCAUACUGGUGCACACCAAACGGCUGGCCUUCUACUCCAGUCGAAAUGUGAGCAAUCUAUACCCCUCUGAUCUCCUGGCUCUGAUCAUCCUGGUGCAGGAUCUCUAUCCCACCAAAAUCGACCUAGAUGACACUUCGGAGGAGUUAGAGUGCAGUUCAGUUCCUGAGGUAUUCUACACACCUGAGCCCUCUCCUCCUGAACGGGAAUCAGUCCGACAAAGAGGUGGCUGUCCUCCUGUCUUCCAGUUUGUAGAUCCUGACGUUCGGAUGGCCGAGGACAGUCUGCAAACUCUUGAAGCUCCAACUCUUGACCCUUCAGCCCCAUGCAGAGUAUUCCUGGAAGCCAAAGAGUUUCUCACGAUGCCUCACUCCAUGUAUUGCCUACCUCUCUGGCCGGGAAUAACUCUAGUGCUGCUUACCAAGAUUCCCAACAGUCAUGUGGCAGCAUCUGUAUGCUACUUCCUGGAAGCUUUCGUGAAGUUAGAGAAGAAGUUAUGUGAGGGGCAUGAAGGGGCUGCGGCCAUGCGGGGUCAGCCCUCUGUCCAGGAGCAGCGGAGCAGACUGGAGAAGUUCAUCAAAACCUGGGCCAGCAUGGACAUUCAGACCUCCCAACUUCAAAAUGCGUGGACAGACUUUAAGAACAAGGCGUUUAGCAGAUCAGGAUCUGGAUUCACAAGAGAUUUGCUGCCCUCUUUUCAAAACAUGAAGACUCAGUUGUGUGGAGUGUACAGGCAGUUUUUUGCAGCUGAGUGCAUGGGCAGCAGUCAGCGAUUGGCUCCUCAUCUGCAAGAACGAGCUCUGAGCAUGGUCCAAGAGAAGUUAAUGGACUGGAAGGAUUUUCUGCUGGUGAAAAGCAAAAGAAAUAUCACAAUGGUAUCAUACCUGGAAGAGUUUCCAGGUCUCAUCCACUUUAUCUACGUGGAUCGUUCAAAUGGUCAGAUGAUUGCACCCUCCCUAAAUGUGACCGAUCGCACUGUCUCUGAGCUCGGAAAGGGGCCUCUAGCUGACUUCAUAAAGAACAAGAUUUGGAGUCUUGUUGCAACAGCACAGCGGUACCUGCAAAAGGGUUACGCCACCAUGACGCUCCGGGAUGGAGAUUAUUUCUACUGUUACUUCCUGUGGUUUGAAAAUGAAACGGGUUACAAACUGGAAGUGAUAGACAUACCCAGCUCCCCAGAUGAUGCCGCUCCAGUAGGAAUGCCCACCUGUGAUUAUUACAGGAGGCUGCUGCGGUAUUACAGCAAAAAACAUCAGAAUGAGGUGGUGAAGUGUUAUGAACUGUUUACUGUGCAUCUGGGUGUGAUCCCCAAUGAAUAUAUUCUUCAGCACUGCAGUCAGCUGGCCCGUAAGCUGUGGGAGCCCUCCCGUAUCCCGCUCCUGUGACCAACACG